AUGCAAUCAAAUGUGGUUGUAAAAGAGUCUACCAAAUGGUUCAUCGUCUGGAGUACAGAUACUGGCAAGAAAUACUCCAGAGUAAACCUUCUAUUAAGCUUAGUAACAUCAAAAACAUGUGUCACUAUGAAUAACAAGCUAUGUUGGACACUUUAUCAGUUCAUUCUUAUUUCCGAACUUUGCGAAAUAUUCAAAAAGCUAAUAUCACUGUAA